AUGAUUGAAGCUUCUUGUCUUUUUUCUCCCUUACUGCUUCUGAUUUCCAGCGCCAUAUCAAAUAACCUGAUGAUGAAGUGUUUGGAUCCGCGCGUGACUCUACUUUCCAAGAACCUGUUUAGAGCAAAUAGCUACGCCAUGCAUUCGACCACCCCCGUCGAGAGAAAUCCAUCAUCCACUUUACGAGAUCGGGUACACAUUCUUGGGCUUGGGAGCAUCGGAACUUUUGUUGCCCAUUCAGUCUCUGAAAUCCCCAACGGGCCGUCGGUGAUUCUCCUGCUGCAUCGGAGAUCUCUUCUCGACCACUAUCGCCAGAAUAGGAAUCAGAUAUUUUUUGAGUCACGGCAUGGAGUCCAUCAAAGCUCCACCGGCUAUGGACUUGAGAUGACCCAGGACAACCAGUGGUAUCCUGUGUCAGAUGAAUCGCCGUCGGAUUGCCCCAUCACAAGCCACAUAUCCAACCUCAUCAUCUGCGUCAAAGCAACACAGACUGUCUCCGCGCUGCGACCCCUCGUGCAUCGGCUGAACUCGACCUCCAACAUCCUCUUUCUUCAAAAUGGCUCUGGCAUGAUUGAAGAAGUCGACGCGCAUCUCUUCCAGGACCCAUUAACGCGACCAAAUUACCUCAUCGGUGUUAUCUCGCAUGGCGUUACACUUAACAGUCCUUUCAAUAUCACACAUACUGGAUUCUCGGCGACGUCUAUCGGUCCUGUCUCCCGGGAUGAUGGAAGGUACGCGGCCAUUUCAGACUUGCGAUCCAAUUAUCUUCUGCAAACGCUGCCCUUGUCACCGACACUUAACCUGAAAUCGUACCCUUACACCGAAAUAUUGCAAGUGCAACUCGAGAAACUCGCAGUCAAUGCUUUCUGCAACCCGCUAUGCGCGCUCAAUGAUGCCAAAAAUGAGUUUCUCUUCAGCGUCCCAGACACGCGACGGGCUAUCCUGACUGAGAUCUCGAAUGUAGUACUUGCCUUGCCUGAGCUGAAAGGCGUGCAAGGAUUGGAAGAACGGUUUUCAGUCGCCAGGCUCGAGAAGACAGUGAAUGAUAUUAUCGCCAAAACCGCGAAUACGACAUGCUCAAUGGUAUGGGAUCUCCGCGCCGGACGGGAGACGGCGAUCCAAUUUAUCAAUGGAAGCUGGAGUCGGAUGGGAAAAAUGGUUGGGGUGGACACACCUGUAAACGAUGCUUUGGUUGAACAGAUUAAGAUGAGAGGCCGAGAAAAUCUAGAGAUGAGCGACCAAUAA